AUGGAAUCGUCGCUGUUCGAAGACCUUCUUUGUUUCUUGCAGAAAGAAGAGCUUGUGUUGAAGGCUUUGCGCGCCACGGAUUUGAAAGCAUGCUUGCGGACAGGGACAGGCACCAGAGGAUACGAAGCAAAUGCAGAGCGAGCCAAGUAUUAUAGAAUUUACAAUAAGAUUGAGAAGCAAGUAACGGCUGACCAAAAAGCGACUCUAAUGGAUUGGGAACGAAGGCUUUGCAGUGAGGCGGAGGACAUUGAUUUCGCACGUUUGCUUACUAUACUUGAAAACCGUGAAGAUGACUUGCGACAAAUGCAAAAAACAAGUCUCGAAGCAUGCUUUAACAGCAACCUGAGCAAUACAGACAAGGACUUAAAUUUUUGCCGAAAUUUCUUCAAGCGCAAAAAAACUAGAAUGACAGAUGAGCAGCAAAAGGUUGUGGAUGAAUGGGAGGAGAUCAUUUGUGCCGAUGGUGCGGGGUUAUGUCCUGCCAUCGAUGCAGAUUUCGCACGUUUGCUUACUAUACUUGAAAACCGUGAAGAUGACUUGCGACAAAUGCAAAAAACAAGUCUGGAAGCAUGUUUCAACAGCAGCCUGAGCAAUACAGACAAGGACUUAAAGUUUUGCCGAAAUUUCUUCAAGCGCAAAAAAACUAGAAUGACAGAUGAGCAGCACAAGGUUGUGGAUGAAUGGGAGGAGAUCAUUUGUGCCGAUGGUGCGGGGUUAUGUCCUGCCAUCGAGGCAGAUUUCGCACGUUUGCUUACUAUACUUGAAAACCGUGAAGAUGACUUGCGACAAAUGCAAAAAACAAGUCUCGAAGCAUGCUUUAACAGCAACCUGAGCAAUACAGACAAGGACUUAAAUUUUUGCCGAAAUUUCUUCCAGCGCAAAAAAACUAGAAUGACAGAUGAACAGCAAAAGGUUGUGGAUGAAUGGGAGGAGAUCAUUUGUGCCGAUGGUGCGGGGUUAUGUCCUGCCAUCGAUGCAGAUUUCGCACGUUUGCUAAGUAUACUGGUUCUUGAGGACUGGUCUGCCAAGAUUUGUUCCCAUGAGGAUGUUGAUGACGGUUUUCGGCGCUUCCUUGCAACUUUGCAUCCUCGAGCACAGGAGCUGUCUGCCUUGCGCAAAUGUGACCUGAAAGGCAUCUUUUCGUCCCAUAUUUGCAAAAAAGAUUCGGAUUUGAAAUUUUGUCAAAACUUUUGGCGGCGCAGCGCAGAAAAAUUGAGUCCCGAGCAAAAGGAACAAGUGGAGGAUUUGAAAGCAGGAAUUCUUUGGCCUCAUGCGCAAGACGAUCGCGCGGCGUUGCGGCCCGCGGUUGUCAGGAUGUUGGACAAAUUUGAAAACAUACUUGCACGCAGAGAGGCAGAAUUUCGCGGCUUUGGGGCUGCAAGUGUUCAUGGUCUGUUUACCGGGCACGCGAAGAAAUCUGAUUCUGAGGUUAGAUUUUGUUACGAUUUUGUCAGCCGUGUGUUUCCCAAACUGGAAGAUUCGGAGCAACAGCGACUUCGAAUCAAACUGGAUGAUCUGUUGUUAAAAAGCUGCUGUGUGCCCGUGAAAAGUAGUUACCAGGCCAAACUACACGAUGCAGAGACUGUCUUGGGCGACGCUCUUCCACGCCCAAGACUGCCGAAAAGUUUGCGUCAGCUGUUUGGCAACAGUAUGGAUGCAGAGGCAAGGAUCAUGCCUUUUUUGCACCGUGUUCAUGAGGUGGAUGAGUUCAUGGUUUCCUUAAAAUUUCAAGACUGUGACUAUUGCCACGAAGGAUGGUUUGGAAGUGAUAGAAAACGCUCUGACUUGCCCGGUGGUUUUGAAACCGAAACCUAUAAGAAGACCAAUUUCUUGCGUGCGCCUGAGAACCAGUGGCUAGACCCAGCGCGACCGAUCUGUCAAAAUUGUCUGCGAGAAGCUAAAGGACGCGCUGCGGAGGGCUAUCCCAAGGAGCCUUUCCGCUUGACAGGUGCUAACUUCGCAGAUCCGGGGCCAUCGUUGCCAGAAACCGACGCUUUGAGCUUCUUUGAAGAGGAGAUCUUAUCGCCAAUCCAGCAUAUUGUCCGCAUUUUCACGUUGCACGCAACAGGACAAUGUGAGCUCCGCGGUCACGUGGGUAACCUGUUUCAAAAUGGCCCACAGUAUGUUCGUGACAUCCCUGCAGCUGUGGGUGACAUGAAGAUGCUUCUGAUACGGCGGUGUCCCAAGGAUCCAAACCGCAAGCAACGAGUGCCUUUCCUUGUAUCAAGGCGACGUUUGCAACGUGCUCUUGAUCGCCUUUGUCGCACGUUGGAGGAGGAUGGUUCUUUGGCUCUCCAGCCCGGAGCACUGACACCCGGCGGCUACGUCGAUUUGGUGAAGCGGGGAAACCUCGACCAGUAUGCAGACACUGAGGAAGGCGAGGAACCCCAUGGUCUGCAAGUUCAUGUCGUCGAGCAAAGACCAUGGGAGCGCGUGGAGCGCAAGCUGUUCGCUUUGUGGAUGUCGUGCUCGCUGGAGUUGCAGAUGGCAGCCCAGGUACCUCUUUUGCAUGAGCCCGAAGAUGUGCAGGAUCCGGCGGAGAGGGUGGAUGUUCUGUGGAAGAAUUUGCGUGCUGCUAUGGAUGCCAAAGCCCCGGAUGUCGUGGGCGGCCCUUCAGACUUGAUGUUUACAACGCUGGCUCAAUACUUGUCUCUGCAGUUUUCGGAUAAAAAUGUGCAAGACGUAGCAAACAUUUUGCAUGAUGAACUGACGGCAGUGCAGGAGUUAGCUUCCUGGGAAGAGCCUUUGGUGUCGGAUGGCUUGUGGUCGCCUGAAGAUGUAGCUGGCCAGCAGACUGAAGCAGAAUUGAAGGAUGACUUAUGGGAGACGAUCUGUAAAGCCAACGAAAGCGCCAGCAACAAAUCUACAAUUCGUCGUUUUGGAGCAGCACGGGUGCAAGGUGUGCCUAUUAUUCUGGAUCCCCCAACCGUAGCAUCCAGAAACCAACUAGUUAGGGAAGAUCAACCUUAUUACAUUGUUGCUGGUUUUGUGAAAUUGUUUCCACUUGGACAAGGAGAUUUUUGGGCGCACUUGCAGCAGCGCCAAGAGGAAAACCAACAGCCGUUGUCCUUCUGGGAGUGGCUGAAGCAUUUGCUUUUGCGUUCGGAUGGUCGUUUUCAAGCUCACCCACGGUUCUAUUUUUUGCUUUGA